GGAGUCGGGCUUCGGUCGAGACGAAAAGUAGGGGGUCGGAGCGAAGUGAGCAAUACCGAGCCGGCGGGAAACCGAGCCUGAGGAUGGGAGGCUCCCAGAGCAGCGGCAACGAGGGUUACCAUGUGUACGGGAUACAAGAUAACUCCCCAGCCCAAAUUGCAGGCUUGGAGCCAUUCUUUGACUUCAUCCUUGCCAUAGGAAAUACUAGGCUGAACAAGAAUAAUGACACUUUUAAGGACCUGCUGAUUGUCAAUGUGGAGAAGCCAGUGAAGCUGGAAGUGUACAACAUGAAAGCUGCAAGGGUCCGGGAGGUGGAAGUUGUCCCCAAUAACAUGUGGGGUGGACAGGGCCUGUUAGGAGCCAGUGUUCGCUUCUGCAGCUUUGAAGGUGCACAUGAACACAUCUGGCAUGUGCUGGAUGUUGAAUCAAAUUCUCCGGCAGCCCUGGCAGGUCUCAGGCCACAAACCGAUUACAUUAUAGGCGCAGAUCAAGUGCUGCAAGAGACUGAAGAUUUUUUCAAUCUGAUUGAGGCCUUUGAAGGAAAGCCGCUGAAACUGAUGAUUUAUAACAGUGAGACAGAUACCAUCAGGGAAGUCAUGGUUACGCCCAAUGGGGCCUGGGGAGGAGAGGGAAGCUUAGGUUGCGGCAUUGGCUAUGGCUAUUUGCACAGAAUCCCCUCCCGUCCUGUCGUACCGAAGAAAAGGGUUGAGAUUCCAGCACCGCCUGUGGCAAGCACCCCACCUCAGAACCCAGAAAAGGGAUACACGGAGGCACCAUUAGUAGCUCCCAGCUCACCAACUGACAGAAUGAGUGAUAGUCCUGGACUAGAACAGGAACUGACCAACCUAACAAUGGAAAGCUCGCUUCUCCCUCCUCCCAUACGGCGUGUCAUGGACCCAGGUUUUCCACCUGGAUCCACAGACAUUCUGGAAGCCCAUAACUUGUCGAGUGUAUUGAAUGUAGCCGUGUCCUCAUCAUCCUCGCCUAUCUUUAACAUAAUAACGGAGAGAAACCCUGGAACAGAUGGGACUCUCAGCAUUGAAGAACUUGAUCCCCACUUUGACCAGGCUACUGCAGCUGUGUCCGAGGAUUUAAAUUCUGUCAGUGCUGUACCUCAUACUGCUCCACCAACAGAUCAAGGCCUGGAUCAGGAUUGCUCCUCAGCCUCUGACUUGACUGCCCCGUCGCUUCCCACCUCCACUGAAACGCCACCAGAUGCACACGUGGAUAUCGACUACACAGAGUCUUUGCCGGAGGAUCUCAAAGAGUGCCCACCUCAAGAUGAAAACAACCUCCAUGUUUCCUCUGUGAUUGAAGAUGAAGCAAAAGGUUGAAGAGGCCACAAGGACAGUGGGCGGCAGCGAACGAGACAGUGAAUGUCUCACCUGAGUUUACUUUUAGUCUAUCUGAGUACAUGAUAACUGCCUUUUGAAAUACAAGCAGUCGUAUGUUGAGGCUAUUUUCUUUGCUGCUUGUCCAAAGGCAACAUUAUGCUAUUCUAUAGCUUCUGUCACAUUACGAGGUGCCCAUUAUUGACUAUUGCACUCUAUGGUGCAAGAAUACGGAAGUAUUUAAGUGCUAGUUAUUUCACAUUCAAAUCAGCUGGCUGCUAAACUAAAGUUCUGAUGAUAGGCCUACCUUUUCCUAAAAAUAUAGUAACCUUGUUUAGCAAUUUGUGAAAAGUAAAGAAUAAGUACAGCCUAAAUUUCAUGGAGAAGAGGGUGGUGGGAAGUUUCAAAUUGCUGGUGUUGGGAAAGAUAUAAGGUUGUAAUUAGAUUCCAGCUACAUUAUACUUAAGCAUCUUUUUGGGUUUAUUUUUCUCAGUGUAUAACACUACUGUGCCAGUAAAAGAUUAGCACUUGUCAGAUUCCUGAGUAGAAUGGAGCUUUGCAAUCAAAUUACAUGGCUUCAUCUGAAUCCUCUGAUCGUAUUAAGUCAGUCGUUUUUAUUCUCCCUCAUCACAAAGUAACUGCGAAUGCUUUCACUUCACUAUUAUGUUGCCUAGUUUGAAAUAUUCUCAGUGAUUCUUAAUGGCAACGGUAAUGUCUGGCCUUGUCAAUGGUGCUCACAUCCCAUUAACGAAUAUAAAAUAAGUUACUGUUUAAUGAAAUUGGACUGGUAUUGCAGAGUGAGACAAUGGGAAAGCAAUUGUACAUGCAUGCAGGUAGGGACUUGAAGGCUGCAAAGUUUAGGGUAGCAUUAGUUGCCAGCUUUCAUCUAUAGUCUGGGGGUUAAGUGUUCUUUCUUAAUUAAUGAAUCAUUAUCUUAGUCUUGCAACUUUUCCCCCCAUCCGGGUUGUUGUGGGGCAUUAGGAACCUUUAAAAGCUCAGAUGUGCUGUGUAGAAAAUCAACAUCCAUAAGCAACAAUAGUUGCCUUUACUUCCUGGUAACGUUUUUCUGUAUUUUCCUCCCUACUUCUGAAGGCACUGACUCUUACUGGGGUAAGGUUCCCCAUGGGACUAGUCAGUCUUCAUGCAAGUGUCAGUAGGCUAUAUGACCUUGUCGGGAAUGGUAAGUCCAGCCCGGUUCUGUGUUCACCUGAUGUCCUCGUGCAUGUACUUUCAAACAUGAUCCACUGAAUCAUCAAAGGAGGAGUUUCUUUCAUAUAUCAUGCCACUCAUUUUGCUGCGUUCCAGUCCACUUAAGCCAAAGACUAAAAAGCUAGCUGCCUCUUUUGCAGGCAAUGAUUGAUAGCUAUCAAUUGUUUGACUAGCAUAAAGAUAAAUAAUAUAUGUAGAUGACAUUAAUUUUGUUUUUGCAGAGUUAGUAUUGUACAGCUGAACACUAUAAACAUGCCUUGUGUAGAUGAAACAUUAAGUUAUAACACUGCUUCCCAGGAGCAUAGCAUUGCACAAAGGCAUCAGCGUAUACGGUAAUUUAGUGUGCUGCCUGGUACUGUGCCCAGUUAAUGAAGGGUUCAAGGGUUAUUUUUAUUGCUUUUCCUUGUAACGCACAAGGUAAUGAAUGAUUGAAAAUGUAAUAUUGAGGGUGAUGCUACAUGUAGGGGUAAUAAUUACUAGUUGUGGCUUUGGGAUACUAUUGGGGGCUAAUGUUUUAAUCAGUGUGAUGCUUACUUUUCUGUUUGCACAGUUUCUAUGGAAUGAUUCCUUUUAAGUGGGAAUUUUUUCCUCCUUAAUCUCUAUUUGUCAUUGGACCUUGUUGAUCGAUUUGACACUGAAGUUACGGACACUGAUUAAAUGAUAGCCCUUAGAUAGGGCAGUGGGGAUUUUUAAUAAAAGUCAUGUUUACAUGUUGGAAUAAUUUAAAUACUGUUGUGCAUUAAGUGCAUCAUGAACAAGCUACACACCUACUGUCAGAACAGAUGUGCAGUCAAAAUGAAAUCGCACGACAGAGCUUUAAGGAUAUAUUUUGUAUCUUUCAAAGAUGCUGAGACAACUUGUGCUUACUUUCUACAGACUGUAUUUAGUCCUUCAAAUCAAGACUGUUCCUUGCCAGUUUUACCGCUUACCACAUUUGCAUAGGUCCCCCUGUUACCUUGUGUUUAGUUGUGCCUCUCCGUUGAGUACACAACUAAAUGUGCUUACUGGCUUUUCACAUGGGCUUGUUGAAGGGUCAUUGACAAGUUGCAUUAUUAAUUAUGCAGCUUAAUUUUAAAAAGGAAAAAUUGCCAAUGCUGGAAAUUCAGAAGGUGCUUGAUCAGCACGGUUACACCCAAAAGGUACUGACCAUCAUCCUCUUUGAGGUGUUCAGUGCCUGUUUUCUAAUCUUUCAAAGGUAUUAACAGAUGUUACUUUUAUAUCAAAUAACUUUUUUUUAAAAAGGCAUAAAAUGCAUAUUUCUUAAAAAUGCUUGCUCUUCAGUUGUGUAUUUCCCAAUUAUCUGGUUCUUAAAUUUAAAUUUUAGUCUUGGCAUUGCACGUACAGGUGAACUGUGCUGGAGUCCUAGGUCAUUACUGUUUACUGUUGAGAAGAAUUUUGUCAGGGCCUAUACCUGCAAUGUCUUACUAAGUUAAAGCUUUCCACGUUUGAGAUGGAAUAUUGAGAUUAUAGCUGUCUGGCCCUUCUAACAAAUUGUGCCACUGACUGACAACCACCCAGCUGUAUAAAGCUCUUUUAAUGGUGUGAAAAACAGCUGGACUAGAUUUAUUAUCCUAUAGACUUAAGGUCUAGUCUAAUUUCCACAUCUUUGUACUUUCAUAUGGAUAGAUGCUUUUCAUACAUAAUCAUACAUAAAAGUAAUUUUGAUGAUGCUACAGGCGAAGCUUCUGAAAAGUUGAAUGUUGACAAAGGAAAUCUGUAUUUUGGCAAAAAAAAAAUUAUAAGCUCGUAUGUGGGAAGAUGGGCCAGUGAAUGGUGCGUAUAAAGUUUUUUCUGAAAACAUUAAAGUAUUUCAUUUGGAUGCCUCACUUUAAUCCUUAUAGUUUGACAUGCAGAGGUUGUUCUGAGAGACGGGUCUUUCAGGCUUGAGAUAUUCAGGCAGCUGAGUUAACACUGUUGCUUGUCUUUGUGGAAAGCAGAUGAACACCAAGCUCUCCAAUAAUAAAUAUCCAUGCUCGUGCAUAAAUAAUGGAUUCUUGAGCAUUUGAGGCAGAGAUCAUUAUGUCUUUUCACAGAGAAGUAAAUUUGAAGUCAGGCUCAGUACAGGGCAAUGGGUUUCAUGUUUUUCUAAUGAAGAGUGGACACAACUGAUGGUUUCAUCCUUUUGCUCUGAAUUUCUGUAGUUCUACAAGAAUAGAACAUUGGGCAAGAAAUAAACUAUUUAAUUAGUAAUA